GACCAAUAGGAGCUUCUGUUUAUGUAGGGACGUCCGACUCCUCGGGACUCGGGCUGCGCAGUCUGGCGGAGGUCGCUGAAGCAGGAACGCCGCCGGGAGGGUCCGCCGGUGGCCUUCCGUCGCUGCGGCUCCGCCCGCUCCCCCGGCGUCCCCUCUCGGCCCACGCCUCUGACUGUGGCGGGCUGCUGAGUCCGCGUCCCGCCUCUGCGCCCGGAGGACAUGCAGAAGAGAGAAUGAGCCAGAGGGACACGCUGGUGCAUCUCUUCGCCGGGGGAUGUGGUGGUACAGUGGGAGCUAUUCUGACAUGUCCACUGGAAGUUGUCAAAACACGGUUACAGUCCUCCUCUGUGACACUCUACAUCUCUGAAGUUCAGCUGCACACCAUGGCUGGAGCCAGUGUCAACCGAGUCGUGUCCCCCGGACCCCUGCAUUGUCUAAAAGUUAUCCUGGAAAAAGAGGGUCCUCGCUCAUUGUUUAGAGGAUUGGGCCCCAAUUUAGUGGGGGUGGCCCCCUCCAGAGCAAUAUACUUUGCUGCCUAUUCAAACUGCAAGGAAAAGCUGAAUGAUGUUUUUGAUCCUGAUUCUACCCAAGUACACAUGAUUUCAGCUGCAAUGGCAGGUUUUACUGCAAUCACUGCAACAAACCCCAUUUGGCUUAUAAAGACUCGGCUACAGCUUGAUGCAAGGAAUCGUGGGGAAAAGCAAAUGGGUGCAUUUGAAUGUGUUCGUAAAGUAUAUCAGACAGAUGGACUAAGAGGAUUUUAUAGAGGCAUGUCUGCCUCAUAUGCCGGCAUAUCAGAGACAGUUAUCCAUUUUGUUAUUUAUGAAAGUAUAAAGCAAAAACUACUGGAAUGUAAGACUGCUUCUAUGAUGGAAAGUGAUGAGGAGUCUGUGAAAGAAGCAUCAGAUUUUGUGAGAAUGAUGUUAGCUGCUGCCACCUCAAAAACCUGUGCCACAACCCUAGCAUAUCCACAUGAAGUUGUAAGAACAAGACUACGUGAAGAAGGAACAAAAUACAGAUCUUUUUUUCAGACACUGUCUUUGAUUGUUCAAGAAGAAGGUUAUGGGUCUCUUUACCGUGGUCUAACAACUCAUCUGGUGAGACAGAUUCCAAACACAGCCAUUAUGAUGGCCACCUAUGAAUUGGUGGUCUACCUACUCAAUGGAUAACAACAUGGGCUGCCAUGUUACAGCGCAGGAAGACCAAAAGACGACAGUGGACCAUGGAAUCUUGAAGCCAGCACGGUGGACAGGAGACAGUAGUUUGGAAACAUCCAACUACUAUGGCUGAGUGGAAGUUUGGUUGUAGGAAGUAAAAUACUACACUACAUUAGUCUUUCAGGGAAGAAACCCUGGGCCACCUGUAAGAGAAUGCUUUGAAAAGCGUUCCUUUUCCAAAAUUGCCAUUUUCUCUACCAUUGUUUACCAACAUUGGUUUUGUUUUGUUUUUUUAUUGAUUUAUGACAUUCAGAAUAUAGUGUUAAUUCCAUGAGUAUUCUUUCAGGCUUCUAAACAAAGUCAUCUCUAAGUAUGUAUCCAAAGGUGGUAGUGACAAUUACAAAUGUCCAACUUGACAUCUGUGAUACUGUAAAUACCAUUUCCCUGAGAGGGCCCUGCCUGGUACAAUGUUUUAAGUUAUUUGUCAUCAAUAGUGUAUUUUGACAGCCAGUGAAAUAUUAUCUAAAUACUACAUGUAUUUUCAUCAUUAAAAUGUUUUGGUUACAGCUAAAAUUAUUAAUGUGAACUUCAAAUUAACAUCAAAUAUGCAUGGUUAAUGUUGGGACUAUAAAUAAGCUAGUGGAUACUGACUCGGUGACUUAGAGUAUAUCAUCAUGCCUUCUCCAGUUACAUAAUGCAUGAAUAGAGCCAUAAUGUGAUUAUCACCUUUUCAUACCCACCUAUUAUUUACUUUAAAAGUAGAAAAGUUAAUGAUGAGUCUCUUCUACUUACUUACACACUGAGAAUUUUAACCUUUAAAUUAUUUCCACAUCUGUAUAGAUUAUUUUUAGUUGGUAGAGAAAAUGGUAAUUUUGCACUUUUGCCCUCUAUAGGUUCCUUGAAGUGAUAACUAAUAUUUAGGACAAUAUAAAUAUUACAGAAAGAGGUCCUCAGCUGUGCGAUGCAGCGAAUCUUAGUUGGCCAAGAGUCUGUCACUGAGUGUGCUGCACUGGACAAAUUUACUCUGUCCUAGUUUCCUGAAUGCUCUAUCAUAAAGUCAGGCUAAUUUUAGUUCAGUGCGUUAACAGGAUAUAGUUUUUAAAUUUUGCUAUUGAGUCAGCGACACCUUUUAACACUUAAUUGUAUUCUGUAUGGCCAUUAUGAAGGUGUUUGCUGGAAUACUGUAGAUUUCCAGUGGAUGUUGCUCUACUGGUAUAUAAAACUUCCACAGUUAAACUCCACUGUGGUACUCAUCAGUGUCCCUUAACCUUACAUUUUUGUGCAAUGGCUUUCUCAAUUCAGAAUGACUGUGUGAAUGCACUUUGUGGCCUUUUAAGAGGGUAAGAAUUAGGAGAGGAUUCAUGUUCAUUUUUUUAACAUUGUUAUAUAUUAGGCAGAAACAGUAUUCAUAAUAUUUUUCUGGAUUUUUAGAUAUGUUUUGGAGAUCUUAUAGUAUUUUAAGUGUGCUGUGUACUGUGUAAUGCCACAAUAUUAUGGAAAAAGCCACAUGCCAUUGAAAGCUUUCUCUGCUGUCACAAAUGAAGUUUAAUGCCCUCUUAAAUUUCUCACCUUGACUUCUUUGUAAUCAAUAACUGGAUGUUUUUGAGGUGCUCAAUUGGAAUUUAUAAUAUUCCAGUCUAUUUGGAGACCAAAGGCAAGUUCAGAUUGUUAUCUUUGGAAUUACUGCAGCUUUGACAUUUAUUACAUGGAACAUACCAAAAAUAAAUCCUCACCUGGGGGUUUAACUUAAAUCUGUAGAGAAGGUCUCAGACUAGAGCGAUUAUUGCCUCUUCAGGUGCCAUUGAUACUGCCUAAUACAGUGCCAUUUGCUCUGUGAAGAUCCAUAACUCUUAGUUGUGUUGUGUAACUCAGGUUCUCCUGAGUUACAGAGAUCUCAGAUGGUGAAGAGUGGCAAGAAAACCAGCAGCUAAGGAACAGCUUGUGUAGUUGGAGCAAAUCCAUAAUAAGUGUCCUUCAAGGAUGAACAUGUAUUAUUCUGUAUUUUGCAAAAACAUACCAUUAACCUCUAGUGCGUUGUGCCCAGCUUUUAAAGUGUUGGUGUGUGUUCUGCAGGAAAGUGGGUGGUUAGAGUCUUAGUACUGACUUGGAAAGCAAUCCUUGGAAAGGAGCAGUGAGGUCUGUUUUGUUUUUAUCCUUAGUACUGUCUCCAUAGUUUAUGACAGAUAAUUUAAAAAAAAAAACCAUAUAUAUGUGUUACAUAUAGUUUGUCUUUAAAGUGUUUCUUUGAAGAUUUUCUUAAGUCAAUUGUAAUGUUUAAAAAGCUGUGCAUACUCAGAGCAUUGUUUUUUAAAAACAGUUUCCAAUCAGAUAAUCUUCUAAAAAGGUCUUAGAGAGCUAGUGUGUACCUUGUUGUAUACUUCUGUUACGGUCUUCUCAGGAAACUGGACUUAGUCAGGCGGAGCAAUAGCUACUAGAAGCAGACCCUCACACAGCAGGAACUCGGCUGCUGCUGUGCCUCAGAGGCUUGAGCUGUGGCUGUUCCAGGUGUUGAGUUGCUGAGCUGUGGGGAUACCAUACAGUGCUUUAAACUUCCAAUGAAUGACCUACCACCAAACUUCUGUCUUUGUUUUCUGUUUGUUUUGUGAUAGGGUCUCUUGUUGUUCAAGAUGACCUUGAACUCUGGAUUCUCCGACCUCUGCCUACUAAGUGCUGGCAUUACAGACCCACCCCUUCAGGCUCAACAAAUCUGUCCCAGUUUUCAUUAUGUGACUGUAGAACCAGCCGGAUUCACCAGAGGGGGCUCAAGCUGGCUUGUAAUUCUGAAACCAUGGCAGCAUCAUUAGGUCAUUUAGCCCGGCCUUUUGUCUCCUAAACCUGGACGUCUCCUUGUUAGGAUGAGCACAAUUUGGGGUGUUCACUAAAGUGGCUUUUUUGAAAGUCACCACGAAAUAGUAGUUUCAAUCUGAAGAACUUAAGUGGUAGGAAUCAAUCUCCCAUUUCUCUAAGGACUUUGUUCAUACCUCUCGGUUUACAUGCUCUUCUGUCCAAACUGCUAGUGUUAAAUAGGGACCCCUGUAGGGCUAAUACAUAGCUCCUUUAUCCUCAUUGAUCAUGACUUUUAACAUUCCUAAGAAGAUAGAUAGAUCUGAUUUAAAUGGGACAGAAUUUUACCAUAUGAAAUGAAGUAUGCUUUCUGCCCCCUCAUAUACCUUCUCUGCCGUAACUUUGUUUCUCCUUAAUUGUACCUUGAUUUUUAUGAUACCCAUUUUAGAAACUAAAAGUCUAAUUCUGCUCAGUUAUGUUGAACUUUUUGAAUGUACCCCAGUGGAUGUGAAUUAAAUUAUACCGAUCACUCAUCGUUUAGUCAGCUUUAAAAGAGCUGAUGAGUUUUGCCCUUUCAUAUGAGUGUUGCUGUUGUUGCAUUUUUGUACAUGGCUGCAGAUGAUGUGCAUUUAUUCUGUAUUUAUGUUAACUAGCUGACUUGUACUUGAAUUAAAAUUCAAAAAAUUAAAAUGCUUUUGAAAAUGUG